AUGUCAACUGCGGCGGCAAAUGCAGUUCAGGAAAAAAACUCACCAGUAGCGGAUUCGACGGAUCCGGAGAGCAGUAAUGAUGCUUCUCAGCAACAGCCCCCAAUGGAAUCAUCGAGUGGCACUGACAAAUAUGAAGCAUCGGUGUCAGAGGUUGCCGCGGCCGGUGGCAAAAAGAGCGAUGACGGUUCGCAGCAACAGCAACAAUCGGCUUCGGGAUCAUCGGUGGAGGCAUCAGCGCCGGCUGCUACGGCGGCUCCGCCGCCACCACCACCAACAACAACAGUAGCACCAGCAGCAGCACCGCCACCGCCACCACAAGCGCCAAUGCAUCCGCCAGGCGAAUGGCCACCGAGACCACAUGAUCCGUCGCAAAUUCCGCAUCCUCAUAUGGGAAUGCCGCCCAAUAUUCAUGGCUAUCCGCCGCAGUACGCACAAUACGGUGUGCCACCGAGACCGCAUCCCGGCUAUGCGUAUCCCGGAUAUCCGGGAACGUCGACAGCCGGCUAUCCGCCGCCGCCGCAUCCCGGCAACUCGCCUCAACAUCCCGGAUUGAUGAGACCGCCGCCGAUGCCGGCCGAACUCGUCCGAAUGCCGCCCGGGCCGACGCCAACCGAAUGGGCCGCGCAACAACAGAAAUUGAAAGAUCCGAACGGGCCGAACGGCAAUCCGGCGACGCCGUCAUCGAGUCAGCCAGCGGCUUCACCGGCGGCCUCAUCGAUUGCCGAGGAUUCACUCGAUGAGAAGCCGUCGGCGUCGAAUGAAUCGCCAGCGUGGCAAAAUAAAACAACGGCACCACCACCUCAUGGAAUGAUGUCGCCAAUGCACCAGGCGACACCCGGCCAAAAUGCGCCAAAUCAGCCACCAUCAUCUGUUCCGACGACACCAAUGGCCGGUGGCGUAGGCGAAAUGAAAACGGCGCCGCCAGCUGGCAAAACGCUCACGAAACAAGAGAUCGUUGAUAAAUUGGUUGGUCCCGUCAAUAAAAUGAAUCCGCCGCACGUGAUGCCCGAUAGACGGUUGUUCUUUGAGCGACUUGUCGAGUUUUGCGAGAAAAAUGGCGAACCACUUGUACAAGUUCCACAAGUAUCAAAGCAGAACAUUGAUCUACAUCGAUUAUAUAUUGGAGUGAGAAAUCGAGGAGGAUUUCAACAGGUUACCAAAGAUAAAGUUUGGAAGGUGCUGUGCACCGAAGCGAGUCCCGAAUUAUCGGAAUCGUCAGCGGCUGGCUAUCAGCUGAGAAAACACUAUCAAAAACAUUUGCUUCUUCUCGAAUGUCUUGAAACUGGAAGGAAUCCAGAGGAUGAGGUGGCUUUCGCCGACAAACUGAAACGACAACGCAAGCGACCUGAUAAUUCUGGAGCAGGCCAAGCGAAUGCGGCAGCAGCGGCUGCCGCCGUCGCGCAACAAUCAUAUCCAGGUUGUUAUCAGCUCAUCAACAAUUUUCCAUUAUUUAUUUUUCGUUUGCCGACCGAUUUCAAAUUGCCGCCUAAAUCGAAGCGUGGUACGAGGGGCGGCGGCGGCGGCGGCGGCGGCGGCGGUGGCGGCAGCAGUAGUGGUGGUGGCUCGUCGACGCCGGUUGUCGCCUCGACACCGCCACCCGGCUCAUCGGGUGACAUAAUGGCGUCGACGUCGUUCAAUUCGAAAAUGGCGGCCGCAACGGCGACGUGGUAUCCGCAAAAUCCGCAACAGGGCAACGGCUAUCUGUCGGUGGCGCAAAUGUCGACGUCGCAACGAUCGCCCAACUAUUCGAAUUAUCCGGGCGCGUUUGCGUCGAGCUAUCCGCCGAUUCCGUCGUCGAAAUCGCCGCAAAACUAUGCGAAUUAUGCGAUGAAUUAUUAUCAUCAGCAGCAGCAACAGCAAAUGAGCCGAGAGCAUUUUUAUCGAACUCGCGGGUUUUAUCCGCCACCUGGCGCACCUAUCCAACCGCCGCAUUUUAAUGAGUGGAAGCCACCCUUUUACGGCAACGGCGCUCCUCCGCCCGGUCAGCCGCCUGGACAAUUUCCACCGCAGCCAAUUCCUGGCCAACACAUGGAUCCCAACUAUUACUAUCAGCAGCAUGGCAUGAUGCCGCCGCCACAACAUCCGGGUUAUCCGGGCCAACCGCACAUGAACACGUUCUCGCCGGGACAAUACAAUCGGAUGGCGCCAGGGCAGACGCCGAUGCCGACCGAGGGCAAUUCAAGCCAUGCGGGUAGUCGCGCACCAAGUGUCACACCACAAGGUGCCGCCACCACCUCGGCGACACCCGACAGCAAUUCGCGUUUGAGCGGUGGCACCGAAACGACGACGACGAAUGAAUCGGCGACGCCGGCAGCAACCGCGACCAGUGCAUCGACGGCAACGCCGUCGGCUUCGGCUCCUGCCGCGCAACCAGACGCCGCUGUGCCUUCGACAAGUAGCGCGACACCGCAUGUGCAGCAGCAGCAGCAACCACCACCGCCGCCUCCUCCUCCUCCUCCGGCGGUUGGCCAAUACUAUCCAGGAGCACCGAAUUCGGCAAUGUACGGCAAUCGUCCGGGAUUCCCGCCGCAACCGGGACCGCCGUAUGGCUAUCCGCCGGCUGGCUAUCCGCCUCAUCCAGCCGCUCAUCCGUCGCAUCCGCAACACCAACAGUAUUUGGCGUGGCAACAACAGCAAAGGUUCCAGCAUCAACAUCAGCAACAACAACAGCAGCAACAGCAGCAGCAGCAACAACAACAACAACAGCAACAGCAGCAAUCGCAACAGUCGGCCGCCCAGCAGCACGCUCAGCAACAGGCACAACAGCGCGCCGGUUACCCGGGAUACGCGGCUCGAAUGCCGCCUCACGGCGCUCCAUCGCCGUCGCCAAUGGCAUCGGCAGCGAACGGCAAAUUGCCUCGUUAUCCGCCGUCGGCUGGAACGCCGUCGGGCAGACAUCCAGGUGGCGCCCCAUCCACGUCAAUGCCAACAUCAACAACACCAGCCAUCUCAUUGCCGCCGUCUUCGAUGGUCGCUUCGACACUACCAUCGCAGCCGUAUCAUUAUCCGCCGGGCACCGUCGAAGCGACAACCGGCAAUCACAUCAAACGCCGAAAGAUGUAUGCUCGCGAGUUGAUUAACGCGACACCUAGAAGGCUUAUCAUGGCUCUACGCUCUGGUUUGGACGCCGAAGCAAUUUGGGCGAUUAAUGCGUUGAACGUCCUUCUAUAUGAUGAUACGAACCCGCAGCCAUCGUUGCAGCAAAUGCCAGGACUUGUAAAUGUGAUUGUCGAGCAUUUAUUUGCCACCUUGACAGUUUUGUACCCGAAACAAUUUGAGAUUGCGGAGCCGGGAAAAAUUUGCGGAUUCGAUUUGCCAUCGGACUCGAGGGCAUUCAUCAAAAAUUUUACGAAACGCGGUGGGAAAGACCUGAAAACGACACUCGAUGUGAUGCCAGUUGUUCCAAAAAAGGGCGACGCGAAUAAAUCGGCCGCUCUCACAAUGAAAUCGAGAAAUGGAAUUCCGGUGCAAUUCAAAGACGAAACGCUUCCGGCGGUUUUGGAGAAACGCUUGAAUCGCGAAAAUCGAUUAUGUGAUGAUAAAAUUGAUGAAUCGCUUUCAUUGGAAUAUGUCGAAAAACGAAACGGUCUCGGUCUUGGUGGUGGCUUAGCCGAACGAAUUGCGGUGCGAUUGCGCGAAAAGCUCAAAUUGGAAAAAAUUGUGACGAAACCAGUUUUUUCGAAAUACAAGGUUUGCAUCGAUGAUUUCGAGCAGCGGCACGACGUUGAGGCCGACAACGAGGAGCCCGAACGUGAUGAGAACAAAGAUGUGGUUCUAUUGUUGCGAGGCGCCACCGACGAGGAGUUGUCCGAAUGCAAGCACGAGAAGGAGUUGAGUGUGCCGCGAUUUUCUGCGUUGUCGGCGAGAAGCGGCGUGUUGUGCGAGCUCGCUCAGCGCGCGUUGGCCCUUUCGAACAUACUGCGAGGAUUCUCGUUUGUGCCCGGAAGUGAGCAGGUGAUGGCUCGACACGAUGCCCUUCUCUAUAUUCUUGGGCGAUUCCUGAGGCUGCUCGUCAAAGAGAGAAAAAUCGUGCAUCAGAAGCGUAGCGUUGUGCUCAAUUGUGAUGAUAUCAAGAGAGAAUCGCCGAUUGAGAGUGUUGAAGAGCAGAAGACGAAAUCGUUGGCGGUGAUGGAUGAUGAUGAUACACUUAGAGCGCUUCUCAUGGAAACUGCGAAUCAAUUGAGAGACGACGCAUUCGUCAUGUUGGCUCAUAUGAGUGUUGCGCUCGAUCUGUCGGAUAUGCGAAACGUUGUCGCGUUUCCCAUCUAUGAUGGCCUAUUGCAUUGGAGCGUCUCAAAUGUUCCGGAGGCUACCGACGCCGCCGCGCCGAGUGUCGUUUCGCCAAGAGAUUACGCGUUGGAGAUUAUGUGCAAAAUGGUGGUGCUCGAGCGAAACGUUGACAUGUUCUUGUCGACUGGCUCGUGGGCACGAGUCGAGAAGCUUAUUCACGUGCUGGCUCGACUUCUGCCGAUGAAUGAGGAGACGCACUAUAGGGAGUUUGCGAUUGUUAUCCUCAACGCGCUUUGUGUUGCGAGCGAGGCGGCUUGCUACACGGCGGCGACCGAAACUCAAGCGGUUGCCCAUUUGAUCAUGUUCAUCGAUGCGGCCGAUCAGAACAUGCACCAAGUGAUGCAGACGCAUGGAAUGAACGCGUUGCGCGAUAAUCCGGAAAUGAUGGGCACCUCAGUGGGCAUGUUGCGUCGCGCUGCUUCGAUGCUUCGAAUGCUUGUGAAGGUGCCCGCUGCUUACAAGAUGUUCUUGAAGCACCAACAGCGAAUGCUGCAAUUCACAAUGAGCCAAUUGAUGGACUCGCGUGUCGCCGGAAUGAUUGCCGACACACUUUUUGAGAUUCAGGGGAAUAUUGACGAGUUUGGCGAUGAGGGCUGUGAUUUGACACCGAAAGGAGAAGCUGAAGGCUCCGAAGUGUCCGAUGAGAAAUGUGAAACGGGUGCUGUUGAGAAUGGCGUCGGAAAAGUGCCAAACGGCGUCGAGCCGAAAACCGAGGAAAACGUCGACGAGGUCGCGGUAAAAUCGGAAACGCCGAUUGCUGAAGAGUCUUGCGAUGGUUAUGAGGAAACGUAUAAAAUGAAGCAGACUGUCCAGAAAAGAAGCGCGAUAAUCGAAGAGAAAUCGAAUUCGCCGCCGGCGAAAAGGAGUUGUUUGUCGAACGGCUAUGAGAAGACGAACUCGUCGGUGACCACUAACGGCUCGUUGUCCGAUGAUGGCGUGAUGACGACCGCUGUCGCAUAA